AUGACGUUUCCUCUUGGACAAGAUUAUCGUAAAUGUUUAAGUUGCCAUAUUGAUGCCAAGAACAAGGCGUUCUGUUACCGUCACUGGCUAGAUGAUCUUGCUCGCCAAAGAGAUAAAAAAGCGGUGGUACCAAUCGUCUCACCUAUCAAUAUGGAAUCAAGUGGUGAAUAA